AUGUCUCGUACAAUUUCAAAUGCAAAGUGUGACUCCUACUUCUACGAAGUUGAUCCUAAAAACUGGCGCUUCCUAGACUUUUACAGUCACCGCCAGAGUCGAGGAGGAUUCAGUGCAUCGUUUAAAACCGAAGCCUUCAUUUUGAGAAGGUCUCUAGACUACCAGCUGGAGAAAGGAUCGGAUGAGGCUAAAGUAUAUGCGAAACGUCUUCUCGACGUCUUUAAUGUAACUAGGGGAGCCAAACUUCGUGUUAGCUCCUUGAAGAUGCUUCGUGAUCGCUAUGCUGGUGGAGCAAGCUUCGUGUUGCCCUUCAAUGAUCUCCGUGGUCGUUGUUCUGCCUUGAAGAGUCCAUCCAUUAAAUGUGCCCAAAAAUCCGAAAAAGAACAACUCGAAGAUUCGAAGAUCCAGGCGUUGCGAAGCGUUUUCGAAGGAGCGACCAUGUACACGAACCAGGUAUUUCAAACGGCCGCAGAAAACUUAAUCUCUGCCAAUAUUGUGAAUGAAAGGAAAAGACCCGCGGAGGAAGGUCAUCCCAUUCUUAUGCGCCCGCCCAACCUUCGUGACCGUGAUGAAUGUGAAGAGGCCCAUCAUAUAGAUCGUAUGGAAGGCCAGAAGGAGUUUAUUAAAACAUCUGAAGAUUUGCGCACUCCUGCAUCUGGAGAUGAUGAUGAUGAGAAACACGAAAGUGAGGAAGAGAAACCUGAACAGAUCGAAGUCGAUCUGGAGGAUCUUGCUAGAAUUAUAGAUAUGGUGCCUUUGAUUGAGUGGAAAGUUAACGAUAUCAACGUAACUAGGAGAUUCCGGCUGCACCAACGCAACGUGAUUGACAGGAUAAAGCGUGAAGGAUUAUCAUGGAAGAAUUCGCAAUAUGACAUUUUGACGCUAUCAUCGAUAUUUGUUCUGUCCUCUCCAUGUCCGUAUACGGAAUUCACGUCCAGCGAAUGGGAUACAAUCAUUCGAAGCAAGUCGUGUAUAAUAGAACGGCCAAUAAUCCCACCAUCUAUAUCUGCCACCCUGCAUGAGGCAUCACAAAAACAUGUACUGGAUGAGGAUAGUUAUGUUUAUCCCGAUAAUUCUGAAUUAAGCAGAGCGGCAGCUUCUGCAUUUAAUGAGCUUCGUAAUCUUCCUCAAGUUGCUCCAUCAAAAAUGUCAUCCGAGGAAAAACAUUUCUGUGAUUUGUUGUAUCCACACUUGAGUGCUGUAUUUAAGCGGUCUCACAAUGAAUACGAGGUUCAACUCAACCAUACUGUUAAGGACAGCAAGAAAAGACCGGAUUUUGCUUGCAUUGUCGAUGAUAUACCAGUUCUUGUGUCUGAGGUUAAACCUCUGGGGUAUACACCACUCCAAAAAAAGAAAGAUUUUGUAAAGACACACUUAAGGGCCAGAAAAGCACUAAACCAGCAAUUAAAUUUCAAAGGUGGCCCAGGUGAAGUAGGGCUAUUUACAAAUAUGGGCAAUCUAGUUGAAUCCUAUUUUAUGGACUUUAGAUAUGGAUUGUACUGCUCAUGGUCUUUUCACACAACAAAACUUGCAACAGAUAAGGUUUCAAUGCCAUUAGUGGAAUCAACAUUUAGUCACUUCGUAGCAUUGGAGAAACGGGUUUGCAAAUUGGCUGCAGAUUUCAAAGGACGCAAGCAAUCGUUCACACCACCACUACAAAUACAAUUUAUGACUGAAUUUCCAAAUUCACUACAGCUAAAGCAGUUGCUUGGAUGA